UCUGGCAUGCGAGCAAUGUGGCCCGCCCAUCGGAUCUGUGCUCUCAUCAGCAAGGUGUAGAUGGAUGGCUGGUUGGAUCGAGAGAGGACAUCUGUGUCUGGCACCUUGUCUUGCCACUUGAUUCUCAAUAUCCGACGGAGACAGGUUGUGUGGAAGUGAUUCAGCUGUCUCGCAUGCCUCUGGUAAACAGUCCAGGAUUCACAUGCAAAAAGGAGAGUUGGUAAUACUAUGGCAGAGUAGACCUUCAGUUUCGUUGCAGUGGUGAUCCCUCUACGCUCCCAAACGUUUGUGCGCAACCUGCCAAAUGCGGAGCUGGCAAAGACAUUAUCUAUACAUUGUUUUUCUGCCUGAGAAAGUGACCCUAUGUCUCAAGUUGCAGGUUAAAUGUAGCGGGUAAAAUGAAAGAGAAUUGCACUUUUAGAAGUAGAUGUUCGUAGAAAAAGUUUAUGUUAAAUUCUCGGGGAUUCUUUAUUUCUGUAUAUGCACACUUGAAUGUGCAUUAUGUUCUCUAAGUAUUAACGUUCUCUGCUGUUAACACUAAAAUAUAUUCAUAACACUGAAAACUCAUUACUGCAAUUGUUAUGCAUAUAGGCCCGUUCACACGAUCCGAUUGUUUCCGUUCCGAGUUUAAUUUGGUUAUUGCUUAGACGGUCGGAUAGUUUUGUUGAUAUUUAUGUUCGUUUAGAUAUUUAUGUUUGUGUUAUCCAGAACAUUUAUCGAUAUAUUUUUCGUAUUUUGUUCUGGUUAACUUGUCGUUUUGAAAUCUAUGUAAUUUGCCAAAUCUAUGAGAUAGUUGUUUUCGUUGUGUAGAUCGUCUAGUGAAUCGCAUAUGAUUUGUACACCUCUUGUUAAUGUUUUGAUUGAAGUGGCUUUGUGUGAUGUUGGGUUGCAAGAUGAUUCGUCUAGUAGUCGGGAGCAACAUUAUGUCUGUCUUGAGCUCAGACAAGAAAACUAAUGGUUUUAAGUUGAUGAGAUUAAUUGUUGAUGUUGGUGGAAAAGCUUUAAGAACAACAUUGAGGAAACAACUGUCAGGUAUUGAUUUAUAUGAUGCUUUAAAUGAUCCCGAGAAUGCGCAACUACUUUCAAAUCUAAAGAAUAGACAAAUCCAUCAACAUCAAUGGGAUCAACUGUAUCCUGGUCCUCUAAUAUCACCAAAUGAAAAUAAGUUUGACAUUACUUUACUCUGUAUUCUCCUGCGUAAUAUUUGUGGUUUAAAACCACCUCGUGAUCCAAUAUGGACGUCAGUAAAUGACCCCACUGAUUAUUCAACUGAAGCAGAUAUUACCCGUAUCAGGUUAUUUCGUAAUGAACGUUUUGCUCACUUACCUAGCACUUCAGUAAGCUGUGAUGACUUUGAAAAUUUAUGGCUGGAAAUAAGCGAACCAUUAGGUCGUUUAGGAAUAAGACAGGAAGAAAUAGAUAGAUUAAAAAAUGAGUUCUUUGGUAAUGAAGAACGUGAAAGAAUUUUGAGAGAAUGGGAUAGAUUAAAGAGCGAUUUAACUGAUAUUAAAAAUGAUCAGAGAGGUAUUAAGAGAACAGUGGAGGGUGUCGAGAAAGAUUUACAACAGGUAAAAGAUUUUGUCACAGUAAUGAAAGACGAAGUAGAUGAAAUACGACAUCACCCUCACUUAGGUCCAGAAGAAGAUAUUUUGACAAAAAACCUUGUUAGCUGUAACAUUGAAAGCGAAAUUGAACAUCAUUAUGAAAAAUAUUUGCUUGGAACACGGGAAUGGGUUUUUAAAGAGUUUUUAGAUUGGUUUAAAGACGAUACUUCGCAAAAUCGUGCAUUUGUUAUUUCUGCUGUUGCUGGUAUGGGUAAGUCUGUAAUUGCAGCUACUUUAUGUAAACGUUAUCCACAAUACUUGACUGCAGUUCAUUUCUUUCAACACAACAACAGUCGUUACAACAAAGCCAAUGUACUUCUUCAAUCUUUAGCGAUGCAAGUUAGUCGUAAAUUUCCUGCUUACAAACAACUUCUUGUGAAAAAACUUUCAGGUAAACUCUCUCAGCCUUUGAAUAACAUGAAUGUUGAAGGAUUAUUUUCCCUUCUUUUUACUGAGUUGUUUUGUAAUAUCUCAGAAGCUCCCCAUCGAAUGUUAGUUGUGCUUGAUGCUCUUGAUGAAUGUGGUUAUCCAGAAAGGGAUGACCUUGCUAAUUUGAUUGCUAAUCACUUGCAUAAACUUCCGCAUUGUUUUCGCUUUGUAAUUACAACCAGACCUAACGAAGUUGCUUUGAAUAAGUUCGAAAAAUUAAAUCCACUAUUCAUUAAUUGUAGCGAUGAUCGCAAUUUAGAGGAUAUUAAAUUUUUGAUUUCCGACAGCCUUUCUAAUUUGAAAGAUAUUUUGGUAGAAAAAGCUGACGGACUUAUGUUGCUUGCAUCACUUCUUAGCAGCGAAGUUAAAAAUCUGGAUUUGUUGAAAGGUUCCAUAUCAAAAGAUCUCAGUGAAUAUUACGAAAUUUGCUUAAUAAGAUUAAGUGAGGAAUUAUUCUAUUCGUUUGAUAUCAGUAACAAAAAGUUUCAGUCAAUUUUAAAUGCUCUGGCUGUUGCUAAAGAACCUCUUCCUUGGGAAAUGAUCGAUGACGUUCUUUGUUUGAAUUCUAGUCGCGAAUCACUUGGGGUUAGAAAAAUUAUCUCUUGUCUGUUUGUUACCAAUGAAGAAGAAUGUGUUUCGUUUUUUCACAAAUCCUUAAAAGAUUGGUUGUUGGAUGAUCGAAAACAUGAUUACUCAGUAAAAACUUUUUGUGGUCAUCGACUUGUUUUACAAUUUUGUUUAAAAACUUUGGAUAAUCUCAAAGCUGAAGGUGUAAACUAUGACGUAAUUAAGCAUGUGACAGUGAGGUAUUCAGUCAAGUAUUGGUUGCAUCACGCGCUGAAAAUUUCCGAUAACAAUGAUUUGGUUAAAAAUGUUUGUAAGUAUCUCAUAGACUUAAAAAUUUUAUUUGCCUCUGUUUGGAUUGAUGCAGAUCUUACUUUGGAAAAUUAUUUCUUAAUUAAUGAGCAUGACGUAUAUUUUCAUCUUCCUAAGGAAACUCGACCAUUAUUUAAUGACAUUUACGUUGUUCUUACAUGGCAGUGUAGUUGUGAUGACAAAGAGGAAUUUUUACAAAAUGUUCUCGAUAAUGUUAAUGGUCUUGCGUCGCAGGCUUCCAAUUUGCUUAAAAAACGUUUCAAGGAUCUCCCAUAUAUCGAGAACUUCGAGACAGGUUUUGUCAAAGCUCGGCUUUUUCGACUAGAAAGAAAACUAGAAUCGCUAGAUGUUUCUCGCAAACAUGAUUACGUCGUUUGUGGGUAUCGCACAAACGUUGUACAACUUUUUUCGUUGAGGACAAACAAGUGCUUAUGGAUAAAAAACAUGAGAAGUCAGUUAAAGGAAGCAGAAAACAUCAGGUGUUGUGUAGUCUUUCAUCCAUUUGAAAAUUUAAUUUUUGCUUCUCAACUAGACAAUGUAAUGAAUAUUAAAGGGAAAAUAUGCCCCAGUCCGUUCCAUUGUGAUGAUUCUACUUCUAAGUUCUUUACCAACAAAUGUUUUUCUAAGGAUAAGGACACAAUGGUCACUAGUUACAAAGAUAUUUUGACCGUAUGGGACGUUGAGAAAGGUGAGAAGAAGCAAGCUUUCACAUUGCACAAUAACGUAACUUCGCUCUGUUUUAGCAAAUCCGAAAGUAUUCUGGGUCUUACUGAGGAGAAGGAGGAGGAGGAGGGGGAAGAGAAGAGGGUGGUGUUUCGUAUAUACGAUUUAUCGAAAGGUUAUGAGACAUUCGUUUUCUCACAUAACAUGCCUGCUGGUCUUUAUAUAAUGUCCAGUAUAGGUGAUAACUCUUGGUGCUGUAAGUCUGGUAAGGAAUUAUUCAUUGUAAAUCCCAAUGGUGAAAAACUUACUAAUUUUUCUGGUAAGAGCGUGUAUGAUUAUUUGUAUCCUCUUGAUCCUUUUGAUAACAUCAUUCCAAAUUAUUUUUUCCCCCACAAAUACGAAAAACAUUUUUUUUGUUUGUUAAAUGACGACAAUGUUCUCGUGUUUGGCAAAAAAUUCUACCGUUAUGUAUUUUUAGUAACGCGCACACACUUAACAACUGAUGUUAAAUAUGGCAGUGAAAUUUGCACGAAUGGCAAUUUUCUAUAUCAGUUUAAUGACUUUGAAGAAAGAAGUCAAGGAAAAUCAAAUUUGAUCAUUAAAAAUCUGAAUACGGGUGACACUUUUGUAAGGAAAUGCCUUCUUAAGGACAUGUUAGCCGUAAAAAAUGCAGUAAUUUUGCAUAGAGAAUAUGAUAUUCCAGAGCUUUGGAGUAAUGACUUGACAAAUUUGCUGUACAGUUUUGAUGAACUGAAAAAAACCAUGAAAAUUUUGAGUGUGAGUGAUGUAUUAAUUGCUUGUCAGACAGCUGACUCUGUUGUGUUUUUUAAUAUCGAAAACAAGCGAGAAGAAUUUGCACUAAAUUUUGAAACUCAUGUGUCGGUAUUAGCAUGUAGCGUUAAGUUUCACGUGUUUGCACAAGUCUAUGUUGAGAAUAAAAAAACUUACUCUUUGUGGUGUGGAGAAAAUCUUGUAGAUGGUUGGGAAGACAUUUUUCAGCAUCAAAUAAGAAGUGUUGAUUACGCUGAAUUUUCCCCAUUGGCAGAUAAGUUGAUGGUGUUACGGUACUACCAUUUUCUACACGUAUAUGACGUCAAAGACAAACAAAUUAUUUAUAUCGUUACAGGGGAUAAAGUUGACGGUAACAUUGCGUUUCUAGAUAGUAGAUACAUAAUACAUGAAGGUACCGAUACCUUAUGGUUGAUUGAUACUAGAAAUGAGAGAGAGUGUUGCCGUCACGAUUUUUCAUUUGUCAGCGUGUAUACACAUUUCUGCCGCAAAAGCAAACAUGUUUAUUUCUUCUUUCGUGAUAAUAACGUCUUGGCUGAUGGAUUAAAAAUCAACUUACCUCGAAAAUAAUAUGGAUCAUUCAACGCAAUAUUUUUCAGUUUUUUCCAUCGAUGAUGAAAUAUUGUUCUUAUUCCAUGAACAUGUUUCUAUGAUGGCCAAGAAAACCCAUGCAUGCAUGGAUGUAAUUUUUUUCAAACAUCAUUUUUUCAGUUACUGCAAUUUCAUUUCAUUUUUUCUGGUGAUCACGAUUUCAUGCCAUUUUUUUCAUUAGGAACGAUUAUGCUAUUUUUUUACAAUAACUGCGAUUUCAUCUCAUUAGCUACAUGUCACAACCAAAAUUUUAUAGCUAUAUAUGCUUUUUUGAUUGUUUUCAUUUUUGAUUAAAAUUAACAUAUGCUGUAUUAUGUAAAAGGAAUUCUUAUUCUAUAGCAACACAAUGACAGUCAAUUGUUACUAUUGAACAUUUUUAUUACAUAACUGUGAUCAAAUUAUAAGAUAAUGUGAGGAGGACAUGAAGAUGUUAGCCAAUGGAAACGUUUAUUCACGUUGUUGUCAUUUUUUUUGUUUGAAAAUUGGCAAACAACGAAACACUAAUUGAUUCAAAUAAUGAGACACAAUGUGUUUUGUUUCAUUCUGUCUCAAUCAUUAAGUGAUAUAACUGUUCUCUUUAGUCUCAGUCAAUAAUUGUUACCAAACGAAAAAAACCAUAAAAAGACUUAUUCCAUAUAAGGUUCAAAACAAUAAACUUCGAUAUAUUCUUCAACAAACUCACAGCCCGAAUUGGUCUAAAUGUUUGUAAAAGAAUAUGUCGACGAAUAUGUUGUAUAAAUGACUAAAAUAGUGAUAUUUGUUCGAUUACUGUUAUAAGGUUUUGGGCUAAGUUUGGCAAAGGUCAGCACGAACGUAUUCAAUUCUUGCACAAUUGAGAGUGUCAAUUAUAUAUAAAUUUAACAAUAAGCAUGGGCAGCGCAGUGUAUUGUGUCUUGGAAAGAUCUUGACUGGAUUUAUUUUGAAGAACGUAGAGCAUUUUUUGAAAGCCAAGCUCAUGCAUAUGCGGUUAGGAAAGUUUGUAUUGUUAAAAAUUAUAGUUAGAGAGGCUCUUAUCCAUGACAUUACUGUCUAAGUAAAUUUAAAUUCACUCUUGUUCAUUCUGUAGAUUACACUGCCUUUUACUACAAAACGUUGACUAGUAUGAAUGCUCAAGUAAAUUUUAACGAGAAAUAUUAAAGCAAUUAUAUAGUAAACCAAACCACCUGCACCACUAAAUGUGAAGAAACAUGUGAAAAAGUAAACUGUACAAUAGAAAUCGACUUCAUAAUGGACAUUCAAUUUUUUGAUAAACAAGUGCCCAUUGAUUCUAAACGCAACAAACUAUGUGUUGUUUUACAAACGAGAAAAGUUAACAAAAGCUAUAAAGAGUUUUGCAAAUAUAAAGAAAGAACAAACGCUACAGUGCUGCAUGUGAAAGGAUGUUCGAGGAUACAUAUAUGACUUUUACAGAGAAAUUUUAAAUCAAGAAUUUUUGCUUUGUGAACACCUGUGCUUUGUGAAUCAAUCGUAUCACUUAUUGGCUGCGACAAAAGAAAACUUAGUAUUGUUGGACAAGCAAAGCCCAUGAACUUAAUUAAAGUGUAUUUGUAUUAAAAAGAGUUAAACAAUUAAAAGAACAUUAUUCACUCAAAGAUCAGUGAGCAUACUGGAAAUGGAUGUCUAACGAGAUUUGAUAUGUAUUAAUUUAUAGCUUAUUGAAAAUUUUCACUGUCUAAAUUCAAACUAAAGGAAUGACUAAUUUAUCUACUAAAGCACUUGGUGGCAUAAUUUUCUAUUUUUCUCAAACCACGAAGUUUCAUCUGCGAGCAGAAUUGGAAGACAAAGGCUCUGUGAUUUUACUGUGAUAUUGGUUAUUGACUUUGUUGACAACACUUUUAAAACCUGAAAAUGAAAAAAUGAAUUGUUCUCAUCCACGCAACCGUUCUCAAGGAAAUUUCGAAUGUUGAAAAAUGUAAACAAUUAAAGUGACUGAACAUUUGUGAGAGAGAAUAGAAGAAUGUCCAUUAUUACAAUGGUUUUGUAGCCAAUGGGCUAUCGUUCAGCAUUUUUUUCGAUGCCUCAACCUAGAGUGACAGUUUCAUGUCUACUUUGUUUCAUAUAAAUAGUAUGUCUAGACUACAGUAACAUCAAUAUGUGAAAGUAACGUCAAUCUACAACGAUGAGAAGUAUACGACACUUUGAAUGUUUUUCUCAGGAAGUUAAUUUUUUAAGGAUUUUUCAAUUGGUUUUUAUUCGAAAUUUUCUAUGGUUUUUAUAUGUUUCUUUAUAUUUGUCGUCAUUUAAUGUAGUGUAGCCAGUUCACUUAUUAAGUUUUACUGUGCAAAUUUAAAAAUUGAAAAUUAACGUAUUCUAAAGAAAUGAAUGAUGAUGAUGCUCAAAAAUUUGCACAGCAGGAAUAACAAGAGUGGGCUAGUUACAUUAUUAGUCAAUGAUUUAUUGUUGUAUGGAAGUAUGUAUAUUUGAUAUUACUGUCCAUUUGAAGAAAUGAAUUGUUCAUUUUGUAAGACAAAAACAGGCAGUUGAUAUGUGUGUCAAAAAUUUUGCAAAAACAUAUGAAAUAAUUUUAGUUGAUUUUAUUAACAAGUAUUUGCAUGACUUUUAUUAAUUUUGCACUGUAAUAUAGAAUGUAGUCGUAAAGAAAUUGUUUUGUUGAAAAA